AUGGGACUUACUAGAGUGGACGAGUACGUAAUGGCAGACGACCGACACGAUUCAAACCUGGGAAGGUUUUCGAAUUCACACAACAAUCUUGUUAAUCAAUACGAAGAACAGUCUUCGUCAACGUAUCAGCGACAACAUGAACAAGGACAUUAUAACUCAAUGACUGAUGGUUUCAUACGUUAUGGGUCACAUAUAGUCCUGAAACACAACGCUACUGGACAGCUCUUGUCAAGCCAUCCCGUAGAUUAUAGAGCGGGUUCUAAGCAGCAGGAAGUAUUUGCUUGUCGCUGGCCUCCGGACGAGAAUCAUUAUUGGAUCAUUCUUCCUGCGUUUGGAGAAAAACGCAAGGCUGCUGAUGUAGUUUCGUAUAACACUCCAGUGCGUCUGCGACAUAAGAUGACGCGUCGAAAUUUACAUUCGCAUUCUGAUGUUGCAUCACCAAAGACAAAUCAACAAGAAGUGAAUUGCUAUGGCGAUGAUCAAAUUAGUGAUAUCAAUGACAACUGGCUAGUUCAGCGACAUUCGUAUACCAAUAACUAUGACAAUUCGGGUUACUGGAUGGUUAAUGAUGUUAUUACCCUACGUCAUAUACAGACUGGAGCUACAUUACACAGUCACAACAUUACUUUAUAUGAUGACUUGCAAGAAGUGACAUGUUUCGGGCCUGGGCAUGAAGACAAUGACAAGCUAGGGGACUCACCAGUAUCCAUAAAACGCAGGGGACCCGAUAAUUGA